AAAAUUGGACGUAUUAAAUUCUAACGAGGACCAUAACCCAUUUCGAUUACAUAAACCCCACUUUGCCUAUGACCGUAAAACCCUACUGGAUUUGUAUUUACGUUUUUUGCUAAUUUCAGUUUGAAUGGAAAUCCAAAACGUAAUUCUCAGGGGGUCUUUCAAUCCUACCGUUUCUUCUGUCCAAACCCGCAAAGCCCGUUUAUUCACCAAGUUAGCCGUACCUUUUUUGUCUGAAAUCGGUUUUCCGAAAUGGGUUUCUAUGAAAUGUGAUUGUUCUUUUCAUUCCGACACCAAGAGAAAUUUGCAACGGUGUAGAAAUCGGGCCCAGAAAGCCGAGUGUAAAGGGAUAUCUGAUGUAGAAGAAGAUAAGCCAAAAGCCAAAAUUAGAAGGAAAAAUUUGGCGGUGUUUGUCUCAGGCGGAGGCUCCAAUUUCAGGUCGAUUCAUGAGGCCACACUUAAUGGGUCCGUACACGGUGACAUUGUUGUUCUGGUCACUAAUAAACAUGAUUGUGGAGGUGCAGAGUAUGCGUGCUGUAAGGGUAUUCCUGUUAUUGUUUUUCCUACAAGGAAAGACAAGGAAGAUGUGUUUUCUGCGGAAGACCUUGUAAUUGCAUUGAAGUCCUUAAAAGUUGACUUCAUUCUUUUAGCUGGUUAUCUCAAACUUAUUCCUGCCGCAUUGAUCCGAGCUUAUCCAAAGGCCAUACUGAAUAUUCAUCCAUCUCUUCUUCCUGCAUUUGGUGGAAAAGGGUAUUAUGGUAUGAAGGUGCAUAAAGCAGUCAUUGCUUCUGGAGCAAGGUAUUCUGGUCCUACUAUCCAUUAUGUUGAUGAGCAGUAUGACACGGGUUGUAUCCUUGCUCAGAGGGUGGUGCCUGUGCUUGCAAAGGAUACAGCUGAGGAGCUAGCUGCAAGGGUUCUCCAUGAGGAGCAUAAAUUAUAUGUGGAGGUAUCAGCAGCAUUAUGUGAAGAGCGGAUCACCUGGCGAGAAGACGGCGUCCCACUCAUCCAAAGCAAAGAAAACCCCAACAAUUACCGCUAGUGAAGUAACAUUUUGUACACCAUCACCAAUCGUGGACGAGAGGUUUCAGGUUAAGGUGGGCAUCGAUGAUUGUCCACCGCUGGCACUCUCCAUUCUUUAUCACACCUGUUCUCGACUCAUCUGCCACAUCCCAAGUGCUUUGGCUGGUCAGUAGAGCUGAUCCAUCCUAUUCUAGUGCCAUCAAACAUGUAAUUUUGUGUUAUAACGUGGACAACGAUGCAAAUGUUGAAUUUAGGCCGUUAUGGGGUUUGAUUCUUGAAUCAAACGGUGGCACUCAUUGUAGUUCAUCAUUCUACAAUAAAAAACUAAUGCAGUUUUUCUUG